CACCCGACACACCCACCGUCCAUCACUCAUGUCUGAGCUAUAGUGGAGUGCCUCAUUCUACAAGGCUUUUCAUUUGAUGAUUGGACAUGAUUACUCCGUACAAAACCUCGAUUCCAAUCAAUCCUGGCCUGACCCACUUCUAGAACGGAAGGCGCUCAACUCCGGUGGUGGUUCCCUCAACCCCGAACUCAGCUCCGAGAUCUGGAAAGCUCAAGUGCAUCGUUCUCAAGGGAGCCUCGGUGAUGUCACGUUUCAAAGAAUGAAUAAAUAGCACGGCUUGUGCUAGCAGGGCACAUCCUCUGCAUUCCUUUUGGAAUUUGGCAUCUUCCAACUGGCUCUACGUUCAUUACAACACCCAUCAAGAAGAACCGACAUGCCCGCCGAGGAGCUCCAGAAGGAGCAGCCACCCGUUGAUGCUUCGGUGAUUUCGUUACCACCAUCAUCAACAACAAUCAAGCCUCCAGAAUGGCCAGAGACGGCCACUUUAGACGCACCUUUCAGCAUCUUUGACCGGCGGCAGAAAUGGCUUAUCGUGACCAUCGUUUCGACUGCAGCAACAUUCUCCGGCUUCGCAUCGAACAUCUACUUCCCAGCCCUUCCCACCAUCGCCUCCGACUUGGAUGUAUCUUUGGAACUUGUCGACCUAACCGUAACCUCGUACUUAAUCUUCCAAGGCCUCGCUCCAAGUCUUUGGGGACCCGUCUCGGAUGUGAAAGGACGCCGAAUCGCAUACCUGCUCACUUUCUUGGUAUUCAUGGGCGCAUGUAUCGGUCUAGUAGAGACCAAGACUUACGCUACUCUCGUCGUUCUCCGAUGCCUUCAAAGUACCGGUAGCGCGAGCACGAUUGCCAUCGGCUCCGGAGUAAUUGGAGAUAUAACUACGCGAGCCGAGCGUGGUGGGUUCAUGGGUAUCUUUCAAGCCGGUCUUCUGGUUCCCGUGGCCGCGGGCCCUGUCAUUGGAGGGGCCGUGGCCGGUACUCUGGGUUGGCGAGCUAUCUUUUGGGUAUUGACUGCGUAUAGCGGGGCCUUUCUCAUUGCGAUGCUUGUUCUGUUACCGGAGACACUGCGAUCUUUGGUCGCAAAUGGAAGCCGUGUUCCUUCCGCGUCGAACAUCAUGGCAAAAUACCCAUUGACUGUCUAUCAGAAGCUCACCACGGUUGAGUGGGACCCGAAAGAUACGCCGCCGCAAGCUCCCAGAAAAAAUGUCGAUUUGACGGGGCCCUUUCGCAUUCUUGUGAGCAAGCAUGCUGCACCUAUAAUCAUGUUUCUUGCCAUACACUAUGCAGUCUGGCAGAUGAGUAUCACAGCGAUGUCUUCCCUGUUCAAACAAAACUAUGGACUCAGUGAGACCCAAAUUGGCCUUACCUUCAUCGCGAAUGGUGUUGGGUCCAUGGUGGGAACCUUAAUCACAGGCAAAAUUCUUGAUCUCGAUUACCGCAAAGUCAAGGCCAAUUUCGAGGCACAAUCCGAUCCUGAGGGUACUCGAAGGACCGUGGAAGAGAAGGAUUUUCCUCUGGAAAAGGCUCGUCUCCGACUGGUCCCGAUCUUUGCAUGCCUUCAGUGCUUGUCAUUGAUCCUCUUUGGGUGGACAAUCCAGUACACAGUCCAUAUCGCGGUUCCAAUUAUUUCGACUUUUAUUACUGGCUGGACAGUCGUUUCUAUGCAAUCGGUCAUCAUGACCUAUCUUGUGGAUGUUUUCCACGAAAGAAGUGCGGCCGCUAGUGCAAGCAUCAACUUGGCUCGAUGUUUAUUCGCGGCUGGUGGUACUAGCUUUGUCAUGCCGUUGAUCAAUGCUGUUGGAGCGGGCAUCACUUUCACGAUCUGUGCAGCUGUGCAGUUUGUGUCCCUGAUUGGUCCCCUUAUUCAAUGGAAGUUUGCUGCCACGUGGCGGAGAGUGGCCGAGGAGGAGAAGGAGCAGGAUCAAGCUCAAUCUUAGACGUAUACAUCUUACACGAGAGAGUCAUUGUGAGAUCCAGCCUGCUCAGAACACAAACAAAAUGUACUACUAGAACUAGAAUAAUUCCUAUCGAAAUACUCAAAAUAUCGACUAUGACGUUGGAAAGAAGAGCCAGAAUAUUCA